AUGGGAGACCAGGACUACAAGCAAGAUGAUGAUUCUCAAAAACAGUAUCAAUAUUACUACAACUCCUCCCAACCCCUGUCUGCUCAGGUCCCGAAGUCCAACUACCUCUACACAAACCACACUCAAACCUUCACAGACAUAGCCAUCGAUGGCCAAACUCAGAACCCCGAUGUAGUCAUGCCAGGUUUCCCUUCAGAAUACUACGUCGCUCCAGCUGAAGCCUACGACGGCUGGCAGAACUACAGAGCCGCCUCAGUAGGCACAGCAGCAACCAGCUUCGUCAAUGUCAACACGCCCAGUGCCACGACAGAUGGAAGCUAUGUGAUGGUGCCCACACCGUCGCACCACACCAGAACGUACUCGGAGAAUUCGUCUGGUCAGGGCUCUGAAGGUCCUCUGUUCUCGGUCCCAGGAGAUCCUGAGCCUUGGACACCUGGCUCGGCUUUCGCGGUGGAUAAGGAGGCGAUGGAUCGAGAUGCUGUGGAGGAGGAAGCCCAGUCGUCUAUGCCACAUGACCAGCAACGUGUGCUUGCUGGUUUAUCGAGUCCCGAACCGAGGACGGUGUACAAUCCAUACGUACCAUUAGAAAGCCACGGACCAGUCGUCUACCAGGAAUCCAUGUCAAACUACCAGACUUCUGCUGCUUGCCAACCGCUGUCGUACACCUUGCCAUCCCGGCCUGCCAGGGCGCAGAACAUGUUCGACGAUCCAUGGACGCCCGUCGAGCAGCGAAUGCAUCUCUUCCCACCCGGCUUCGUAGCUUUUGCUCCAUCUCCUGGACCAAAUGUAGAGAACUAUGCCGGCGUCGAAUAUGGGACAAGUGUCUCUGUAUCUCCGCAAAGCCGUAAGUCAACUCAUCCAAGCCUGGGGAAACGAUCUCGUUCUGGAAGAACUUCCUCUGCCAAGGGCAAAGAGAAGGACCACUCUCCAGGAUGGGAACAUGUUGUUGUUGCCAAGGGUGGUCUACUCCGAGUGAGCGAGAUCCCGAAGAAAGAGAAUCGCGGAUGUCGAACGGGAGAGCUUGACUAUGAAACCAAGGAGAAAGCCCGUCGUAUUAGAAGGGUGCAUGCGUGUUGGAACUGCUGGAACCAGAAAGUUCCUCACAUCAACUUUGCUGGAGAUCUGGCUUCAAGGACUAUGAGUCCACGUUCUUUCCAGGUUGGUCACUUCCCUCCUUCCUUCCGUUAUUACCAGCUGAUAGCCACAGAAUUCAUGCAUGCGCAUCUCCGGAAAAGCAAGAUCGAGGACUUGAUUUCUGUGAAUACGACCGGGUUCCUUGACGCUGUCAUCGUCGUUGAAGUUUCAACCGGCUCGGUGUUCAAGCCCAUGAGGCUGCACACCAACACCUUCGAAGCCAUCGGAAACGAACUGCUCGAGCAAUCCAUUCUCACACCACCAGAAGCAGACCAGGCUGCGCAACUAGUACGGAUGCCCAGUGCACCCGUUGGCAUUCUCGGCCUUUCGGUAUCGGAGAUGAAGAAGAAGUGCAAUAAGCAUGUCGAAGAUAUGAUUUCGAAUACCAAAUAUGCCGAGCAAGCAACAUCUGGAGACGUAUCGGGCCUUCCCAGUCAGAUCUUAGAGAUCGUAGGCGAGUACGUUGCCGCGAAGAAAGAUGUCUCCCUCCUCCAAAACGCACUGAAGCUACACGCCAUUCAUUACUUUAUGGGUUGUAUGAUAACCUUCAGCGAUAGAUCAGCUCGCGAACUCUAUAGCAAGCUUGCGCCUGGCAUGACACCACAAGCCUACCUCUCAUCACGCCUUCUGAAUCGCCAAAUCAAGUACGUGAUGCACAAACUGCAUCGUGAGAUCACACUUCAAGUGCUUGAGGACCUAGAACGCUCCCUCCGUUCGCGGACCAAAGACUCCUGGGGUACUUCCUUCUGCACGAUCCUCAUCCUCUGCCUCUGCAUCGAAGGUCUGCAAACGGCAGCUGACGUGAUGGUCGUCUGCAACAUCCAAGAGAAAGGAGGUGAAGCGUCUUAUAACCGAAACCAAAGCUUUAACGCUUGUGAGGAGUUGGAAGAAUAUCCUUUCCGUCAGUGCAAGAAACUGUUCCAUGAUAUUUAUAGAAGUCAUAAGGAUGGUAGCAGUGGUGGACGAGGGGAGAAGGCGUUCAAUCCACUUAAGAUGGCUGCCGAGGAGGGGAGGACGGGGCUUGAUUUGACGACAGAGGGUAUGGUGAGGUCGAUUUAUGGGGUUGUUUGCAGUUCUUGGGCCGAGAUUGUCCAACUGUCAGAGAGGCCUGCGAUAAUCAACCUGGGCUACACGGUUGCGGCCCACGAUAUCAAAACCAACAACACCGGCCGCUUGGCCGCAAAGUUUUUGAGAUCUUUCUUUCCAGAUUGA